GGCAGCGGGACGGCGCCAUGCGGGGCGGCGCGGUGCUGUGCGGGCUGCUGCUGUCGCUGGCCUGGCUGGGCCCGGCGUGGGGGGCCGAGGGGGGGGAGGAGGACGGGGAGGUGGUGGUGGCUGAGGAGGAGGAGGAGGAUGAAGAGGAUGAGGUGCUCUCGGAUGAGCUGGAGGAGGAGGACGGCGUCCUGGUGCUCCACGAGCACAACUUCGAGCGCGCCCUGCGCGAGCACCGGCUGCUGCUGGUGGAGUUCUACGCUCCGUGGUGCGGGCACUGCCGCCGCCUGGCCCCCGAGUUCGCCCGUGCGGCCGCGUUGCUGAGGAACGGAUCGGAGUCAGCACGGCUGGGCAAGGUGGACGCCGUGGCGCAGACGGCCCUGAGCGCCGAGUUCCACAUCGAGGCCUUCCCCACGCUCAAACUCUUCCGCGACGGCAAUCGCACCCACCCUGUGGCGUACAGCGGCCGCAUGGACGCCGAGGGCAUGGCGCUCUGGGUGCAGCGCCGGGCCGGGCCCAGCGCCACGUUGCUGCACGACGCCGACACCGCCGCCGCCUUCGUCAGCGCGCGGGACAUCGCCGCCGUGGGCUUCUUCAAGGACCUGCGCGGGGAGGCGGCGCGGGCGUUCUACGAGGUGGCCGCGGAGGUGGUGGAUGUGGCGUUCGGGGUGGCCGAGGCGGAUGAGCUGUUCGAGGCGUAUGGGCUGUCGGCCGACACCGUCUGCCUCUUCAAGAAGUUCGAUGAGGGGCGGACGGACUUCCCCGUGGACCCGGAGCAGGGCCUGGACGUGGCCAAGCUGACGCGGCUGCUCCGCGUGCACAGCCUGCAGUUGGUGAUGGACUUCUCCAAUGAGACCUCCAGCCAGAUCUUUGGGGCCAAGAUCCCCCACCACAUGCUGCUCUUCCUCAACACCUCCGUAGCAGAGCAGCAGGCGCUGCGGGAUGAGUUCCGUGUGGCUGCUGGCACCUUCCGGGGCGAGGUGCUCUUCGUGGUGGUGGAUGUGGAUGGGUACGGUGCCACCGUUCUGCCCUUCUUUGGCCUGAAGCCCAGCGAUGCGCCCACACUGCGCUUCAUCAAGAUGGAGAACAACCGCAAGUACCGCAUGGAGGAGGACGCCUUCUCAGCCACGGCCGUACGCGACUUCGUGCGGGCAGUGCUGGACGGCAAGGUGAAGCCCCAGCUGCUGAGCGCAGAGCCCCCCGAGGACUGGGACACGCGGCCCGUUAAAGUGCUCGUGGGGAAGACCUUUGAGCAGGUGGCGUUCGAUGAGACCAAGAACGUCUUCGUGAAGUUCUAUGCGCCAUGGUGCACCCACUGCCAGGAGAUGGCGGCUGCCUGGGAGGAGCUGGGCGAGCGCUACAAGGACCACGAGGACAUCGUCAUUGCUGAGAUGGACGCCACGGCCAACGAGCUGGAGAACAUCACCAUCAGCGGAUACCCAACACUGCACUACUUCCCUGCUGGGCCGGGCAGGAAGAUGGUUGAAUACAGGAGCGCCCGAGACGUGGAGACCUUCUCCAAGUUCCUGGAAAAUGGAGGGAAGCUGCCGGAGGAGCCACCCACGGUGUCCAAGGCCCCGGAGAACAGCACAGAGUCACCGAGCCCAUCCGGUGCAGCUGAAGCACGGGAGGAGCUGUGAGCCCCGUCCUGCUGCAGUGGGCAUUAUAAAUGACCCUGGAAAUGAUGCGGGCUCUGUUUGUGUCUGUGGGGUGCAGCUGACAGCCUCUGCUGGGGGGGCACACAGCACUGAAUGGUGCCUGCUGGGCCUCUUGGGGACACAGUGAAGCUGGUGGGUGCCACAAGGGGGGGUUGAGCCCACUGGGGUGUGCAGGGCAGAAUCCAUCCCACGGGCAGCUCGGGCUCAGACACCCACAGCACUGAGCAUUCCCAUGGAGGGGGUGCUGCCUUUGCCUCCCCGUGAUGCUGGACCCAACACAGCCCUGGGCACGCUGCGAUGCUCAUCCUUCUGACCCUGCAGUGUCAGAGCGCUGCAGGCAGCCCAGGUUGGCCCUCGUGCUGCCCCAGGCAUGGGGCUGAGCUGUCAGGGUGUUGGGGAUGAAGGAACCACAGAGGGCUUUCAGCUUUGUGGCCCCAAACGGGGCUCCAAAGAGUCCUCUGGAGCCUUUCCAAUGCCUGGCUCACAGCCUCAGGACCCCCCUGGCACUCCCUCGGUCCCCAGCACCGUCCCCUCUCUCUGAGCUGCUGCUCUCCGGCCAUAAGCAAUGGCUCUGGGACCCAAAUGCCCACCCCGUGGGCAGCCCCACCGUGUGCCCGCGGCCCUGGGCCAAAGCAGGGCCCUUCUGUCUGCUCCCAUUCACCAACUGUCUCAGCCCGCUCCCAUGUCUGCUCCGCGGGGAAGGAAGAAACCAGAAGGCACCGGGAUGUGGGGUUUUAUUUCAUUUUAUCCAAGUACCUUUGAAAAGAUCAUUGUACAAGUCAGCACAUGAGGAUGCACAGGAGACGUCACCAGGGCUGCACGGCCGCUGGACGACGCUGCGCUCAGCAAAUGUACAUAUUUACAGGGAACCCCCUGAGAAAAAAAAGGGGGAGACGGAAAUCCCAGGCAUGGUAACAACCUCACCAGACACAACACCAUCAGAACUUAAAAACGAGGGAGGAAAGACGUUCGUAACACUGUUCCCUGGCUGAAAACGAUUGCAGAUUUUGCUGGACUUCACGUAGUGAUAGGCAAGUCACAGAACCAUGUUUAAAGGCACUCGGUGACGUGUACAAGAGGCUGAGCUGUCCCCACACGGUGCCACUCGGCCCCAGCCCCGCAGGCAGCCGAGUUGUGCCCCAAUGUACUGCAGCAGCAGUGAGCAAUGGGGCACACGGGUGGGCAGGGCAGGUGCUGACGUGGGACCCCCGAGGAGCUGGCGCUGGGGGCACAGGGACUGGGUUUGCCCAAGGGCCAGUGCAGAGCUGCGGCUGCUGGGGCACAGAGCACAGCCUGGGCUGGUGGGAAGGGCAGGGCUGAGGGCAGGUGGAGCUGAGCUCAGUCCCAUCUGUACCCCGGUCGUCGCCCCUUACAGUGACUGCAGUGUUCGGGGGACCUGGCCGUACAACAGCCCCACGACUCCUUUGCUGCUGCUGGUUUUGGACCACAGUGCCCUCAGCUGCCUCCCCACAGACACAGAACCUGACAGAGGACACCGGACUCAUAACAUGAUUGUUUUUGUCCUCAGACUGGAGUGUCUAAUCGGUUUCCUCCCCAUACUA